AUGGAUUCUGAUGAAUACGACGAUGACCUCGCAGACGAGGAUUUGGUGGAGGCACUCAGUCAGAGUCAAGCUGGGCCAUCGAGCUCCUCUGUCCAUGAUCUUCAGACUGCACCAUCUGGGAUAACAUCCUCGUUUGCCCGUACCCUGGCGCCGUCCUUCAACUUAGCCAACGCGGGACGUCAUCCUCACGCCCCUCGGUUGAACGUAGUGCCCAAGGUUAGAACAACCAACACACUCCAAAAGGCAACAUCAAAUCAAUCUCUAGGAAACGAGUUGGAUGACUUGCCCUCGGAUGCGUUUUCCUCGCCGGAGCCUCCGUCUCUUGCACCGCCCACCAGGAAUGCAGCCUCUACGGCACCCAGAGCUCAGAACGGACUGACUCGCACGUCAUCGUCAACUUUUCGGCAGACCACCCUGCUGGGCGGUAGAGUGGCAGAUGACGCCCCUGUCCAACCAUCUCAGCCAGGAUUCGGCCGGGUCUACAGGGGAGACAAGCCUGAAGAAGCCCCUUCUCAACAUGUCAUCAAUCGCGAAGCUAUGAAGACCUGGCUGUAUCCAACCAACCUUGGAGCCACCAGAGACUAUCAGUUCAGUAUCGUCAAAAACGGACUAUUCAACAACACACUUGUCGCCUUACCCACUGGUCUUGGCAAGACAUUCAUUGCUGCAACCAUCAUGCUCAACUACUAUCGUUGGACCAAGGACGCAAAGAUUGUGUUCGUCGCACCUACCAAACCCUUGGUGUCGCAGCAGGUCGAUGCUUGCUUCAACAUUGUGGGCAUACCUCGGUCCGAGACUACGCUCCUCACAGGUGAUACAGCACCGGCCCUAAGAGUAGACGAAUGGUCGUCGAAACGAGUGUUCUUCAUGACGCCGCAGACGUUGCAGAACGACAUUUCUCAUGGCUAUGCCGACCCAAAAUCCAUUGUUCUGCUGGUGAUUGACGAAGCCCAUCGCGCCACAGGCGAGUAUGCCUACGCAAAAGUCGUCAAAAGGAUACGCCAAUACAACCCCUAUUUCCGAUUAUUGGCAUUGACUGCGACCCCCGGCUCAAAAGUCGAGACGGUACAAGAAAUCAUCGACAAUCUUGGAAUAUCACACAUCGAGAUUCGAACCGAGGAUUCUAUCGAUAUCCGCCAAUAUGUCCACCAAAGGAACGUUGAGCAAGUUAUCCUAGACCCCUCGGACGAAAUGUGCGAGAUCAAGGAGCUGUUCUCCAAAGCGUUGAAGCCGCUGAUGGACAAACUAACCCAGCAAAACGUUUAUUACGGCAGAGAUCCUAUGGCAAUCACAACGUACGGCUUGGUGAAGCAACAGCAGGACUGGUUCGCUAAUGUCGGACGCAAAACCAACCCCGGGAUGCAGUUCAUGAUGAGAGCCAUUUUCAGCAUUCUACAGAGCCUCGCCCACGCAAUCAAACUGCUCAACUUCCACGGAAUCAGACCCUUCUAUGAAAACUUGAAGGAGUUCCGAAGCGAGAUUGAAGACAGGGGAGAGAAGGGGUCCAAAUACAAGAAGCAAAUUGUCAACGACCAAAGCUUUCAGGAGAUGAUGACAAAAGUAGAAAAAUGGCUUCGCAUCGAAGGCUUCGUUGGCCAUCCGAAGCUUGCCGCUCUACAGGACACCGUUCUCAACCACUUCAUGGAUGCUGGCGCGACGUCCACUCGCAUCAUAGUGUUCAGCGAGUACAGAGAUAGUGCCGAGGAUAUUGUCCGGGUUCUUAACGUCCACAAACCACUGAUCAAGGCUACCGUGUUCGUUGGCCAAGCAGACUCGAAGCGAUCCGCAGGCAUGAAGCAGAGCGAACAAAUUGCAACGAUUCAGAAGUUCAAGGACGGCGAAUACAACGUACUAGUUGCGACCUCCAUCGGUGAAGAGGGUCUAGACAUUGGGCAGGUCGAUCUCAUCGUGUGCUACGAUGCUUCUUCCUCGCCCAUCAGGAUGCUACAACGAAUGGGCAGAACGGGACGCAAGAGGGCAGGUAACAUCGUACUCUUGCUGAUGCGAGGCAAAGAGGAAGACGCGUUUGCCAGAUCGAAGGACAACUACGCAGAGAUGCAGAAGUUGAUUUGCGAAGGGAGCAAAUUCAACUUCCGUUACGAUCUUUCGGCUCGGAUUGUGCCUAGGGAUAUUCGGCCUGAGGUGGACCUGCAGCACAUCGAGAUCCCCAUCGAGAACACGCAAAACCCGUCACUGCCUGAGCCUAAGAAGGGAAGGGCAAGGAAGAAAUUGCCCCCAAAAAAGUUUCACUUGCCAGAUGGCGUCGAGUUGGGCUUCAUGAAGGCAUCAGAGAUGGGCAAGGCUAGUGCGGCCCCUAAAAGGGUUCGCCCGAAGAAGCAAGAGCCGACAGAGGUUGACUUCGUCGCGGAUGUGCCGUCGGUCAAUUCGGUCGUCCUCACAGAGAUGCAGUUGGCCGAGUUGGAUAAGGUGUAUCGGUCUCUGCCAGCCAGCCGGGCCAAAAUCGAAGAGACAGAGAUGCCAAGUCUAACUUCUCAUCCUGGACUUCAGCGAAGGCUUCGGCCAGUAGGCAAAAUACAACACGGGCAGCGAACGAAACGCUUUGUUAAACUAUGUCAGAAGUUUGCCAAGAAUCAAGACACAAGAAGCCGCUACAUAAAACCAUUCGGAGAAGAGGACACAAGCCGGUGGGAAGAGCUUCCAGUCCCACCUUAUGCCAGCGACACGGAAAACGAGGCGCUUCCAGGCAAAAGUGUUGGGGAGCGGUUGACAAUGGUAAUAUCUGAGGACGAGCACCCCGAGGAGCCACGGCCAAAGAAACGCAGAUCGACCGGUGCACCCAAGCGUUCAGCAUUCACAUCUGCUGCAGUGCUGGUGGACGAUGAUAUGGACGAAACCGUGGGCGAAGAGUCGCCACCGCGUCGACUUCCGAAGCCGAAGAAGGGUGCUGCGGGAAGAGGACGCGGCAAGAAGGCCUCGAAGAGAGUGGGACGCGGUAUCAACAGCGAUGAGCUCGGAGACGACUGCGACAGAGACAGCGACAUGAUGGAUACGGACGGGUCGGACAGCGGAGGCGACUUGCUCGACUUUGUCGUGUCGGACGACCAUCCUGUCUCCAGCAACCAUCCGACCUCUUCGAUGUUGGCCACAAGCCCAGUAGCAGCUACAGGCUCGACGAAGCGCAAGGAUAUCACUCAGCCGUUCUAUGUGCCGACUGAGUUCCCCGCAACACAAGAGUCUGUUGACUCGCUUCCAGAUCUCGACGAUGUGCUGCUCAGUACCAAAGGGAAGACGUCUCGGACAGUAGCGUCGAGGGACGAGUCUGAGGAUGAAGAUGCUACCCCACGACAACAGGCGGGUGGGCGGCAGCAGAGGAGACGGCCAGUUUUUGAAAGUGACAGCGACGAAUAA